GGGAGUAGGACAUCGCUGUAACGGCAAGGUUCACCCGCCGCUCACCUCUUACCACUCACUAAUAUGUAGUUAAGUAGUUUUAGUAAUGGAACGAAUCGCCACGCGUUUAGUUUAUACGCGUGUCAGUUGAACACCUGACCGUUGUCGGUUCGAUCGGUACACAGUGAUGGUCGAACAAUAAUUUUUUCAAUCCUGCGAUCGGCAAAACAUUGGAACAUAUUUCGAUUUGUUUCAUUCGACACGACAGUGGUGUGUGCGCUGAAAAACCUAUUUUAUUCUCGAAAGUACCUAUCAUUAUCAACUCUUAAAUCCUAAACAGCAAAGAGAUAAGAAUAAAAAAUGAAUAAAUAUCUGUUUGGGGUCGAGGUGUUGGUGUCGACGGUUGGUGUGAGGAGUAAUAGCAGUCGGCACGUGGUAUCGCCGCUGCACGCCGCGGGCCGGUCUGGUGGAGCGCCGUGCGACGGCACCGCCCGCCGUGGAUUCGUUGUAUGAAAGUGUCGAGCAGCAGCGGCAGAGUUUGUGGAGGAGGAGGCGGAGGCGGAGGCGGUGUUUGCGGCAACGGCGGCGGAGACGGCAACGACGCUGGAAACCGCGGUGACAGCGGUGGUGGCUGCGGCGGCGGUGCGCCCAACAACAAUAACAGCAGCAGCACCAGCACCAGCACCAGCACUAGCACCAGCAGCCCUCCGUGCAGUGAGGGCGGCGGCGGCGGCGGCGGCGGUGGUGGUGGUAGCGGUGGCCUGGUAGCUGGUGUACUGGUCAGUGAUCAGGGCGAAGUGAUCAGCGACCGGUAUGUGGGCGUGGCGAGGCAGUUUGUGUCGCGUCAAGCGUCCGAGCGUGGCUCGACCAAGGCCGACCAAAGCGACGGUAAUGACGACGAGACCACGCUCAGACAGAUGCUUGUGAGCUUGCAACACCAGGUGACGGACAUGAGCGCCAACCUGACGACGCGGCUGGACGAGCUGCAGUCGCGUGGCGUGUCACCGAGUCCGGCCGCCGCCUACUACGGCACCGAACACCGCGGCCACGUGGAAACCAGCGUCGCGCUGUCCGAGAUCCGGUCGCAGCUGCACGAGCUCACCAGGUCGCUGGAGACGUGCCAAUCGGAGGUGACCGAGGUGAAGCGCGACAUGGUGGCCAUCAAGAACGAACUGGACACGGUGCAACAGGUCAAGGAGGAGAUCGAGGAGCUCAGGGAAUACGUGGACCGUCUGGAGCUGCAGUCGCACCGCAGAAAGCUCAGGCUGCUCGAACAGUGUAGUUCCUUUAGCAAUGCCUUUAAUUGCAGGACCAGGAGCUAUAAGUUCGACUAUUGUUUGGAAAAAGGAGGUUUACUGCUGAAUAGUUUUGUUGGCAUUGGUGGCGCUUGCUUAAUGGGUCUCACUAAAUACUUCAAUUCCUAUGAAGUUCUAUUUAUUGGCCGAUUCAUUAUAGGAGUCAACUGUGGUUUGAAUACAUCACUUGUGCCAAUGUAUAUAUCAGAAAUAGCGCCGCUCAACCUACGAGGUGGCCUCGGAACUGUCAAUCAGUUAGCCGUGACCACUGGACUGCUCAUAUCCCAGAUAUUGGGUAUAGAACAAAUUUUGGGUACAGACGAAGGCUGGCCUUUAUUAUUAGGAUUAGCUAUAUGUCCUGCCAUAUUACAAUUAAUUUUACUACCUGUAUGUCCUGAAUCGCCACGGUAUCUAUUGAUAACCAAACAAUGGGAAGAAGAAGCAAGAAAAGUUAAAAUUGAGUUUUUCGGUUUUGUGCAGGAAAUGAUCGACUGGAUGUCGUACUUAGCUGUCGUUUCCAUACUUGGAUUUGUCGUAUUCUUUGCCGUUGGUCCUGGCUCCAUACCUUGGAUGAUUACUGCGGAGCUCUUCAGUCAGGGUCCUCGGCCUGCGGCUAUGUCCAUCGCCGUGCUCAUAAAUUGGGUGGCCAACUUCGCCGUCGGCAUUGGCUUCCAACCUCUAAAGACUGCAUUGGAUAAUUAUACAUUCCUACCGUUCAGCGUAUUGCUGGCAAUAUUCUGGAUAUUUACUUAUAAAAAAGUGCCAGAGACCAAAAACAAAACGUUCGAAGAGAUAUUAGCUCUAUUUCGGCAAAACGGCAGAGGAAGCGUCUUGGAAUCAAGUCGCUUAUACGGGAGUAUGUUAAACUAUUCAAACGCGUUAGACGAGCAUUUACCGCCCUCCGAAAGGGCAUCAUUAAUGGUGGCUGAGGAGAAACCUUUGCCAGACUCAUGUAAGCUCAAUCGGUUCUUUUUUUUAUAUAUAUUUAUCUACAUACACUUUUCUUACAUUUUAAUUUUUGGUGAGAAUUUAUAUAAAACCAUAUUAGUAGUGCUGUUAUAAGUGAUAACGCGUAUU